AUGCGACUGAACAUGACUGGAGGAAUUAAGGAGAAAUCAGAAGAGAUCGUCGAGUCUCCGAAUCUCGAAAACUAGGUUGACGUGAAUAACUCUGAUCAACUCUGAUAAUUCCCGAACAGCUGCUCACGAUUCGCCACGCUAUUUCACAUUUUCGGCAUGCGAUCUUGGGAGCAAUGGGUGGAUCGGUAGUAUACGUUGCAUUCCGCUGGGUCUUACGAGAACGGAGAAAUCAGAUAGACGACGUACGCGAGUGAGACGCAUCUCGGGACUAACCUCAAUGUCCUCGAUGCAACCGCAGGCAACGUAGAAUGUGACUCUGUCAAAAGUCCUCGUGGCUCGUCACUCCGGCUCGUGAUUUUUUUCGAUCCGGAUAGUAGGGAAACGGAGGAGACCAUGAGGUUGCGUAGGUUAUUGACAGCACGAUGAUAUGAUCUGAUAAAGUCAUCUCCAGGUUUAAUUUCUACGUCGGUUUCUAACGUGGACAGAAAUCCAAGAAAAUGCUAGAUGAAAGUAUCCAGGAUUUAUUAGACAGAUGAAAAUACUUAGCAAUUCCAUAUAAUCAUGGUGGGAAAUACUUAUGAGGCACUUCCGUUCUACCACAGUGGAUCAGGGAGGGAGAUGUGCCAAUGGUUGACACACAUUAAAUUGUCAAGAAUAAUUAUUUUGACAUCUAUAGUCUUAUUUAUUGUGCCAUUAUUUACGCAUUACUAUUUAUCUAAGGUAGAAUCAGAUGCUCCAGAUAGGGAUAUGUAUAGAACAUUCUCAACCUUGGAGGCUUUUGAGGAUUUCACAUCCAUGAAAGCAUCACAGCUGAAGAUGAGAAUAGAGGAAAUGUUUCGUAUAAAAAUUUCAGUGAGCAAUGAAUUGAGAGACCUGAGCGCAAAGAGGCAAAGACUUCAGAGUGAAGUUAAUAGUUUGACACAAAAGAUAGAUGAGCUGAAGCAAGAGUUACUGCAUCAGCAAACGGAUCUUGAUAGAUUAAAAAUAAGUGUGGAGCAAGCACAGGUGGCACAGAAAGAAGCAGUGGAAAGAAACACGCCUGAAUUAGCACCACCUAAGAGAAUAUUGAUUAACACUCUGCCAAUUAUAUUACCUAGCACAGAUCCACGAUCAUGUAGAAUGUAUAAUUGUUUCGAUCAUAGUCGAUGUGCACUGACAAGUGGUUUUCCUGUAUAUUUGUAUGAUCCAGAUCAAUUUUCGGUAGUUAAUCCAGGAUGGGAUGUAGAUGGUUUCUUAAAAACAACUAUUAAACAAACGCUAGGAUAUAAUCCACAUCUUACUAGAAAUCCAGCAGAAGCAUGUAUUUACAUAGUCUUAAUUGGUGAAGCAUUAAGCCUCCAUCAAAAGAGUGAUCAACGUCAUAAUAAAGCUUUAGAUAUAAAGAAAUUACAAGCACUUCCCUAUUGGGGUGGAGACGGUAGAAAUCACAUAUUAUUAAAUCUUGCACGUAGAGAUUUAUCUGCAGAUUCUGGAAAUAUUUUUAGUAAUCUAGAUACUGGCAGAGCAAUAGUAGUACAGUCAACAUUUUAUAGAAAUCAAUUUCGCGAUGAUUUCGAUUUAAUUGUUCCACCAAUUCUGGGACCACCUGGUGGAGAUGUUUGGCAAGAAUGCGCGCAAAUGUUACCUGCAAGAAGGAAAUAUUUGCUGUCAUUCCAAGGAGAAAUGAGGACUUUUAUGGGCACACCGAUGACAUAUCAAAUUGAUGACGCAGAUAUAGAUCUGGAAAAACUGAUAAUUGAUGAUAACAAUAUAGAUGCAUUUAUUAUUCAACAUUUAAAAGAUAUGAGCAACGGAAUAACUUUAGAUAAAUUUUUUAUUCAAUUUGAAUGUAUACCAGCUUCUAUGGAGAGUAAGCCUGUGGAAACUCUUGAUUGGUCUCUUUGCGGAACUGAUUCAUCCAGAAGAGCUAUAUUAAAGGAAUCAACAUUUGCAUUGAUCUUAGCUCCUAGCAAUGCUACAUUAUUGACUACUUCAUUUAUGCAAGCGAGAUUGUACGAAGCAUUGCGAGCUGGAUCAAUACCAGUCAUUCUUGGUGGUGAUCAGAUUUUGCUUAAUUAUAACGAAGUUGUUGAUUGGAGGAGAGCAGUUAUUUUCCUACCUAAAGCUAGAGUGACUGAAAUGCACUUUUUACUGCGCGCUGUUCCUGACAACGAUCUUUUGACUAUUCGAAGACAAGGUAGAUUAAUAUGGGAACGUUAUAUGAGUACUGCUCAAGGUGUAGUAGAUACGACUAUAGCAGUAAUAAGAGACAGACUUGGUAUACCUCCACUACCAGCGUCUCAAACAUCCAGUCCUAGUGUUUUUAACGAAAGCUUUGUGCCUUUAAAAUCAGAUGCCAUUAUUACUGAACCUGAAGCUGAAGAAAGUUUAGGUCCUUUAGAACCGCCGUAUCCAUCUCCUGCUUUCAAGAGAAAUUAUACAACACUAUUAAUUCAAAAUCAUGAAAUUUGGAAUGAUUGGAUGGAUCCAUUUAAUUUGUAUCCACAAUUACCUUUUGAUACUGUUCUUCCCAGUGAUGCUAAAUUUCUUGGUUCAGAAGUUGGCUUUCGACCUAUCGGUAAAGGUGCUGGAGGUGCUGGAAAAGAAUUUAGUGAAUCAUUAGGAGGAAAUUAUCCAAGAGAACAAUUUACAAUUGUCAUGUUAACUUAUGAAAGAGAACAAGUUCUUAUAAAUUCACUGGCGCGUCUUUAUGGUUUGCCUUAUUUAAAUAAGGUACUUGUAGUAUGGAAUAGUCCAAAACCUCCUGUAGAAGAUCUCAAAUGGCCUGAUAUCGGCGUUCCUAUACAUGUUAUAAAAGCUCCAAGAAAUAGUUUGAAUAAUAGAUUCCUGCCAUUUGAUGCAAUUGAGACAGAAGCCGUCCUUUCUAUUGAUGAUGAUGCUCAUUUGAGACAUGAUGAAAUCAUGUUUGGUUUUAGAGUGUGGAGGGAACAUCGAGAUCGUGUAGUUGGAUUCCCUGGUCGAUUUCAUGCAUGGGACCAGAAUUAUCACAACGCUUGGAAUUACAAUUCUAAUUACUCUUGCGAGCUAUCCAUGGUUUUAACUGGGGCUGCUUUCAUUCAUAAACAUUAUACAUAUCUGUACACACAUUGGUUACCACAAGCAAUAAGAGAUAAAGUUGACGAAUAUAUGAAUUGUGAGGACAUUGCAAUGAAUUUUUUAAUAUCUCAUCUUACAAGGAAACCACCAGUUAAAGUAACGUCACGUUGGACAUUUAGAUGUCCUGGUUGUCCAGUUUCACUUUCAGAAGACGAUACUCAUUUUCAAGAAAGACAUAAAUGUAUCAAUUUCUUUUCACAGGUUUUCGGCUAUAUGCCUCUAUUGAAUACACAGUAUCGAGCUGAUUCGAUAUUAUUUAAGACACGAAUACCACAUGAUAAGCAAAAAUGUUUCAAGUUUAUAUGAAAAGGAGAUACAUUAAAAUUUUUGUGUAAAUAUCGUAGAAUAGGAUUUGUACGAUUUUGAUAUAAUUUUAUGCAGGUCACUUAAGAAUUAUUAUGUCGAAUAUUUCACAGAACACAUAUAGAAAACAUAAGGUACAGUAAGAGUUUAAUUAUAAUAAGUCAAA